AUGUAUCCUUCUUCCUCCUCCUCUUCCUCUUCGUCCUCCUCUUCUCAGUCCAUGAGCCACGCGCCAACUGGCCUCACGCGCUACGGCUCCGCACCGGGCUCUCUCCUCACCACCACCGUCGAUGCUCUCAUCGGAGGAUCACGCCCCACCCCCACCCCCACCCCUUACUAUUCCGGAGGAGACUCUUCCGACUCCACCUGCAAAGACCAAACAUCGUAUCACAACCACGCCCUCGGAUCCGCCUUGCUCCGUCAGAAAAGCUCUCCCGCCGGCUUCCUCUCCCACCUAGCAUCCACAGCCACCGCCCCCACCCCCAAUCACAACCACAAUGGAGCGGGGUUCACAAUCACGCGGGGUUCUCGGCUGAAGUCCCAGCUGAGCUUCACGGGUCACUGCCAAGAAUCUCUCUGCGGCGGCGAUAACACUAACAAUGUGGUGCUUGGCGAUCAUGCCACCUUCGGAAUGGAGCCUUGGGACGGUUCUCAUUCUCAUUCUAAUUCCAUCGCCUUUUCCGCUCCUCCAACUAAGCGCUCCAAAAGCUCCAACUCCAGCGAGCAAGACAUUCUCCAUUGCCUCAACGCCUUGGAAUCUCAGUUUAGCCUUCCGCAGACCACUCUCGAAAUGGCAACUGUCGAGAAGCUCUUGCACAUUCCUGAAGAUUCCGUCCCUUGUAAAAUCCGUGCUAAGCGAGGCUGUGCCACUCAUCCCCGCAGCAUUGCCGAGCGGGAGAGAAGAACCAGAAUAAGUGGAAAGCUCAAGAAAUUGCAGGACCUUGUACCUAAUAUGGAUAAGCAAACAAGCUAUGCAGACAUGCUCGAUUUGGCCGUUCAGCAUAUUAAAGGUCUUCAAACACAGGUUCAGAAGCUUCACAAAGAACUUGAGAAUUGCACUUGCGGAUGCACACAAAGCAAAUAACAUAUUGUUUUACCAGAUUCUAUGCAAACGCGCAUAGAAGUCAAGGUUUUGACGGCAAAGCAGGAAAACUGAUUUUGUACCGACCUACUUAAAUGAAUAAUGAAGGAACCGAACGUCUGUAGAUUGUCAAUUCUACAAUUGUACAUGUAUGUUGUAAUAUGGUAGUCUAGGAAAAUUUGUUCGUUUUCUUCAAGAAUUGUCUUUUUUAAAGUCCAGGUUGAUUUUCUUUGGAGGUUGUUUCUUCCUUUGUUUGGAUAAGUAUGGUACAAGGAGUGAUUAAUUUAAUUUUUGGAAUCAUGACCAGAGUAGAAGUGAGAAUGGGAUGAAUUAGAGAAUGAAACAUCCAAUCCUGUUCAAAAUUUGAUCCAGUUAGGAAUGAAAUAUAUUUUGUCUCGUUUCCUUA